AUGUCUGACUACGGAGGCGAUGACGGCUACGAUGCGGGAGGCUACAACGAUGAUGUAGUCGACGUAUACGACGAGGAGGCAGAGCCAGAUGUUUAUGACGACGACGGCGCGGACGGCGAGGGCCAGCAGGAAGACCCAGAGACAGUCCAUGACCAAGACAACAUCGUCGAAAGCGGAGACCCCAGCGCGGCAGCGGCAGCCAAAUCUUCACAAAAGAAUACUGUGGCCGCGGAGAAGUCAAAGAAGGUGCCCAACGACCAACGCUCGACGACACCAUAUAUGACCAAGUACGAGAAGGCGCGUAUAUUGGGAACACGCGCUUUGCAGAUCAGCGGCAACGCGCCAGUCCUCAUCGAUGUAGAGGGCAUGACGGAUCCUCUUGAGAUUGCUCAAAAGGAGUUGCGCGAGAAGAAGAUUCCCUUGGUCGUACGGCGGUAUCUUCCCGAUGGAUUCUACGAGGACUGGACAUGUGAGGAACUCCUGACGUAG